GGGAUUCGAGGCGAGUAGAUGACAAGGAGGAGACGUGGGACAUUGAGCUGGGUAUCACGGCUAGCAUGGGCAAUUGCCCUAAGUGUGAGUAUCUUCGACGUUCAUGAGAGGGCGAUUGCUAAUCCAGCGGCUCCUUCUCUCUAAAGACAUAAACAUCCGCCACCUCAGCCCACGCCCUACAAAGCCUCAGCUGCUCGACGCUUGCCCUACUCUUCCGGCAGCUUCGCCCCUCCCUCCCUCGAUCAUCAAGGCUAUCGAGAAUAGCGACACGAUCUACCUCGGCACUCGCCACACUGCCUCUCCGGAGGCUUACGGCGACCGAUCGAAGCUAGGUUGCAACAUUCGUGGCGGCCGCUCUGGCUUCAUUCAGCACCACUGGGAUUCAAAGCGGGAGAGACAUUGCCUGCUUCUGCCGGACUAUUCGGGCAAUCGUUUUCUCCAGAGUCUAGGCAACAUCAGUGGUGGUGACCCCGUUGCUGGGGUGACGAUACCGAUUUUCAAGGAGAAGGGUACGGACGUGCUGUACCUUACUUGCGAGGCGGAGGUGGUCAGCGGGGAGGAGGCGCGCAGGCUCGUCAGAGGGGUCAGCGGCGUCACGAAACUAUGGGUUACGGGAUAUUCGAUGAUUGAAGGUGCUUUGCCUCUGGGCGUGACCGAGCAGCAAGGAAAGGAAGCAGUUGGGUGGAGCCCCUACAACCCGAUUCUGCGCUAUGCUGGCGUGAAGGGCUCAAGCACGCCCUCCGCCGUCGCCACCCUCACGGAUGUGGCCAUCCACUCCCCCACGCUAGCCACUUUCACCUGGUCGUGCCCCGCCAGCACGGGCAAGUCCUACCGCCCCGGCCAGCAUAUCAUCUGCGACGCUUCUCACCUGCUCGACACUCGGGUCACCCUGUAUAGCCACAUGGCGCAGUUCCCCGGUGGGGAGAAGGAUCUCAACGAUGAUGGGACGCGAUCGUGGACCAUCUCCCGCGCUUGGCAUGACAAGGGGGGUAAGGGCAAGUGGCACUUCACCACCACUCUCCGUCGCGUACCACGAGGAGGCGUCACUCCCACCUUGUUCAGUAUGGCGCAGCGCAUCACGGCAGCGCGGGAGGAGGACUCUCAGGCUGCAAUGCCGAGCUGGGCGCCAGAGGUACCCGUUCUCGGGGUGGAUGGCGAGUUUACCGCUGCUGAUGAGCAGGAGGCGGAGGGGAGGGGAAAUGUGUACGUGUGCAGUGGGAUUGGGGUCACACCGCUGCUUGCACAUUUGAGCGGGAAGCUGCGGGAGGGGCAAGCGGUAGGUGAGGGCAAGAGGGAUGUGCUGGCUAUCGUGGCCUGUAGAGCAGACGAGCUCGAGGCGAUGCGGGGGCUUGUGGAGGAUGCCGCACGAUAUGCAGGGAGCGAGGAGGAACUGCGGGUUCACUAUCUGGUGAAGGCGGAUGAGCAGGAUGGUGAGGCUGCCCAUCUCAAGAAGUCCACUAUUCUCUCUCCGCGGGCAACGGCGUGGUACGGCACUCGUCUUACGCCAUCUUCGUUCAGCGAAGCUGGCGAAAGCAACAGCGACGCCGGAACCUUCAAGCUGCCCUGUGAAGCAUUCGCCGGCCGUAUCGCUUACAUCUGCGGCGCUCGCCCCUUCGAGCAAGCGGCCAAGCAGGCCUUAGCCGCAGCGGGCGUUGUUGACAUUCGGACGGAGAGCUUCUCAUAUUAGCAUAGCCUUACAGCGCCGGUGCGGGCUCGCCCCUCGCAAGAUACCCCCUGCCCUCCUUCUCCAGCGCCUCCUGUACUGCCUUGAGCACCUCCUCAUGCGCGUCCCUGUGCGCGACCACCACACCCUUGUUAAGCUUCAGGGUCCUGCCCUGUCCGAAAUCCAGGU